UAUUUUAAAUAUCACGGCAACCAUGUAAGCUGAUUUGUAUUAGAUGUUUUAAUUUUCCUAAAGUGUUUAGUAAUUUGUAUGAAAGCUGUACCGAUCUUUUGAAUUGGAUUUCUUUUGUAUUUUCUCGACAAUGUCGCCAUUGCGGCAGACGACGUGACACAAAUCGAACCGCCCUGUCCGUUGAACGAUUUUACAGGACUUUCCUGCUGUGGCUAGCGAAUGGAUGAACAACAUGGACGACCCGCGGGAUGUUCAAACUUCUAAGCGAAACGGGAGCUCCAGGUCGUUAUUAUCGGCCGGCUCCUCGGUGGCAAUGGAGAUUAAACGGAAGAAAAUACGACAGAGUGCCUUAUUUCUGCAAACGGAGACCAAAAGCAUGAAACGAUGCCCAAAUCUUCUGAAUGACACUCUGCAGAUAGUAGAAGACAUGAAUUUGUUGUACAUACGACAGAUUUCUAAGAAGCUACAGAAGAACACUAACAUACAAGAAAAGCUUGAUUUUGAGAUGCGAAUGCGGGAGGGUGCCUACAAGCUGCUACUCGCCUGCAGUAAGAGAGAACAGGUCCUUAACGCCUCCAAGAACCUGCUGACCUGCAACGCCAGGAUCAAGGCUUAUCUCACACAGCUGCAGAAGAUGAAAUGGGAACAGGACAUGAUGGGAGCAGUCAGGAGACUUUCAGAUCCGGUGUCAGAUGACCGUGUUCCCUGUAAUGGGACAAUUGCAAUGUCUGAUCUGCGUAUUCCUUUGAUAUGGAGGGAUUCAGACCACUUCAACAACAGAGGGAGCUCUCGUCGAGUGGCGGUGUUCUGUCUGAUGCAGAUGGGCUCAGAGGUGUUUGACACACAGAUGGUGGUGGUGGACAGAUCAGUCACUGACAUCUGCUUUGAGGCAGUCACUAUCUUUAAAGAAGCAGAUCCUCAGUUUGAGCUGAAGGUGGAGUUGUGGAGCUGUGCCCUGGAAGAAGAGCUCACAUUGGUAAACACACCAAAGAAGCUCGCCAAGAAGCUCCGCAACUCUUUUGGAAAGACAGCUGGGAAGAAGCUCUGCCCUCUGCUGGACAAUCCAGACCCUGACACCUUCCUGCAGUAUAAUCCCAUACCGCUUGGAGCCAAGUACAGCCUGUUGGCCUACACUACACUGUGUCUACCUGAGGCUGAAGGCAGCUUUCAGUCUCACUCCCUCAUUGUCCUCCAAGGCGCUGAGUUGUCAUCUUGGCUUCCACUUUAUGGCAACCUCUGCUGCCGGUUGGUGGCCCAGCCUGUCUGCAUGAUACAGAGCAUGAUGACCGGCCACCUGAGCCAGAAGCAAAGUGUGGAGGGAAUGUACCGUUGCUGCAGUCUUUACUGUGUGCUUAGUGCUGGCUUUUUGUCCUGUUACUUCACCCCGGAAGAAAUCGAUGCUAAAGUGCAGCCCACUCUCAACAUACCCAUCAACAAGGACACACGGAUCCGUGUGAUGGAGAAGGAGUCACUAGGCCAGAAGUCCAGGAGUCUGUCCAUCAUCAGUCCUUCGCCAGAGGGAUCUCAGACCAUUGUCUUCACCACAGAAACCAGGGAGGAGCUGGAGGACUGGCUCGACGCCCUCCACCAGCACCUCUAUGAUCAGAGCCAGUGGCUGCACUGCUGCAACCAGCUAAUGAAGAUCGAGGUUGCGUCACCACGAAAACCAUCACUCUUCCUCACCAAGCAGGCUGACUCUGUUUACAAUGACCUCAGUAUAAAUUCACCUGGCAAGUUUGAGAGCAUCACAGACAUUAUCCACGACAAAAUAGAGGAAACAGAUGGCCGCUUUCUUAUUGGUCAUGAAGAGGGGAAGGAAGCGGCUAAUUGGUCCACUCUAUUUGAUGGGUCCCAUUCAAUCAUUGUGCAGAAAAGUAUUCUCUCCCAAAGCAAAACCUCCACCCCUUGUUCAAGCCCAGUCCCCAACCUCAACACCAGUUCUACAUCCACUGGCAACAAGAAGCGCCGAGCCCCACCCCCUCCCUCUGACAGAGAGCCUUAUGCUCCUUCCUCCCGUCCUGCCAGACCUCCCCUCCCUGCUUCUCUUCAUCACCCUCCUCCUCCCCGAUACCAGGAGAAGGAGAAUUCCGGCACUUCACGCCCGGCCACAAGGCCCAAAACUGGCAGACCAUCUCUGGAUGCCAAAUUCUCUGCCAUCAUCCAGCAGCUCCAGCGGAACAAUGCUGGAGGAGCCCACAGCCGAAAAAACGCUCCACUGGGCGUCCUCGAUGUACAACCACAAAGUCAGCCUCAGCCCCCUCUCCAGCAGCAUGAGCACCAGGGCCACCACACCCAGAACAAUAAUGCCGCAGGUGAUCAUGGCUUCCUCAGAUCAGGUCACGAUUCUGGUCCUGUUCCUGCACCGAGGAGCAAACUAAGGAAGUCUUUCAGAGAGAGGAUGAACCUUUAAAGCCUUGUGAACUUGACUUUCGACCAUAUCUAUAUUUAACCAACUAACUCUACCUUACUAAUACAAAUAAAUAUCCCAACUAAGCUAACGUUGAUAAAAUCAGAUAUCACAAUAUUUGACUGUAUCUAAAAAGCGAUAAUGUGAGAUUUAGUCCAAAGGUAGCAAAAUCUGCCUACGAGCAUCUCUAAAGCUCUUUUUUUCCCAUCCAAAAAGUGUAAAAAUGAUUGCGGUAAAAGAGGGGUUUUGUGCAAGAAUAUUUCUUGAUUGGGAGCAGCGACUUACUAGAGUGGGUUUGAGGGUUAGAUUCUUCCAGUGGCUAACUGUUUCCCCCUGCUUUUAGUCUUGAUGCUAAGCCAAACUAACCAUCUCCCAGCUCCAUCUUCAUAUUGAGCUGAUAGAUAAGAGAGUGGUAUCUAUUGAUCUUUUCAUCGCAUUUCCCAAAAUGUCUAACUGUUUUUUAACCCAAAGGAUGGGUGACAUGGUCUCUUAAGAAAAGAUCCUCACAAUGUCCAUCAUGGCAACCCAAAUCCUAGUUGACACCUCCAUAUCACUAUCAAUACUGUAUUGAUACAUUUGCAGCUCCACUCUCCAUUUAUAAACUUUUUUUGUACACCUAACCCAUAGAUGGAAUUGAAAGCUGUAUGUUGGCUUGAGCACUGCCAUAAUCAAUCCCACUAAAAUGGAAAGGCUUAUUUCUCAGCUCUGCCACUGGAACAUGGGCCGAAGAAAGAGCCUUUUGCAAAAGCACUCAAAUUGGAAUUGAUCCAUUGGCCGACUGUGGACGAGUCAUUCCUUUUGGAACUAUUGACUUAUUCCACUUACUGUGACAACUUUAUGACCACUAUAGCUGAUUUUAGGGGAACAGGGUUUUAGGAGCAAUUGCAGGCACUAAUGUGACUUAUCCAUUUCUCAGAGGUCUUAAUAAUGGAGUGACCUUGGUUUUCAGUGGCUACACAGUAUGUCCAAUGUAAUUCAACACUGCAGCCCAUAAAUGCUAUGAACAUAAUUGAAAGAAUGAGCCUUGUGAGUGACUAAAAUAAUGAAUGCCCUUGUGUUUGUGUUUUGAACAUUUCCAAUGCCAGCCACUAAAUAUUUCAACCACUUACCGAUCACGUGUUAAAGAAUGGUCUUUAUAAUUACACAUAGUGUACAAAACAUUAGGUUUAGCUACUUUGUCUGAAAUUGCCUGGCCAGAUGAAACCACAUCGUGAAAGCUACAAUCCUCCAUUUUUUUUUAUUUCACCCACUAAAUUCUGUUUAAUCAAGAGGGGGAGAUGUAGAUUUGAGGGAAGGCGGAUUACAGGAGGAUUUAAUUUAAGCCUUGAAAGAACUGAGAAUAGAUUGUAUAAAAAGGGAUGCUGCUCAAUAUUAGCAGUGUGCACAAUGUUUUCUAUGCUCUGUGUGUAUUGCCAAUACAUUAGUCACUUUGAUGUUGUAACUGUAUAUACCUGGACAAACAAGGGAAUUGUGUUAGUUUUACUAAUGCUGCUAUGGUUACACCUUUAGGCUAUGUGAUUGUGGCUAAAAUCAUCACACAUGCUGUAUCCAUCAACAUCUUUGCCAGUUUAAGUUAGACUAAGCAUGCUGGAGACAAAGCACAUUAAAAUAUAUGGCAGUGUGUCUGACUGAUUAACUGUUUAGCCCUGGUGAAAGCAGUUUAAUGCAAUCAGUACAGAAAAUUUUGCUCCUGUGGAUAUUAAGCUUGAGGGAGAGCGUCUGAUCUUCCGAUUAAUGUAUAACUGCUUUAUGAGUAAACAAGGACUGAACAUUCACUGUGAUCAGAGCCAAACUAAUGAGCCAAAUGUAUUUUCAUUUAAUGUUUUUUAUAUUUGUUUUUUCAUUUAAUUACAUAUCACCGCAAUAACUAAACCAAUAAUUUGAAUUUUUUGUGCUUCUGAUUAAAAGUUCUUUGUUUCUUUUUAUAGUGUAAUACUGCCAUGUCUUCUAAAUGUUAGUUUUAGCAUAUGAAUUAUUUAGACUUUAAGUGGCGCUGUGUUUAUGUACUACUAAGUAGGAAUACAUUAAUCUUAGUCCUAGUGCAGAAUAAUUUGUGUAUAGUGCAAUGUAAAAAAAUACUAGAUAUUUUUGUUUCUCAAAGUGCAAUUUUCUCCUCACUCUUUGUUCACAGUUGUCUUAGAAGCCAACUGUAUUUUUUUUUUUUUUAUUAUUGCUGAUCUGCAAUAAAAUGGCCUACAUUCUA